AUGGCUUCCGGUUCUUCCUCCUCUUUCCUCCUCCUCCUCAUCCUCGUCGCCUUCAUCUCCAUCGCCACCGCCGAAAUUCGCUUCACCGAGAUCCGAUCCGACCCCCGACCAAUCAUCCCCUUCGAUGAAUUCGGUUUCACUCACAAUGGCAGACUCGAACUCAACGUUUCCAAACUAUCGUUCUCGACAGCAGACCCUGACCUCUCUAAAUUAGGUUUUUUUCUCUGCACGCGUGAUUCAUGGCUUCAGGUUCUCCAACAGAUCGAAGACGCGGAGAUAGCGUGUGCGCUUCAAUCCAAUAUCAUCAAAGAAGUUUACAAUUUGAAUUCGAUAGCGAAAGAUGCGAAAGGUUUUGAUCAUUAUUAUCUCCAAUCGGAUGCCGAUCAGUAUACUCUUGUGUUUGCUAACUGUCUUCCUCAGCUUAAGGUCUCAAUGGACGUCCGAUCUGCUAUGUACAAUCUCGAUGGCAAGUCCAACACUCGCGAUUACCUUUCUGCUGGAAUUACCGUUCUCCCAAGGGUUUAUUUCUUGUUCUCCCUCAUUUACAUUACUAUGGCAGCAGCUUGGGUUUACUUUCUGUACAAAAAACGUCUUACUGUAUUCGGAAUCCAUUUCUUUAUGCUUGCUGUUGUGGUCCUGAAAGCAUUAAACUUGGUAUGUGAAGCCGAAGAUAAAUCCUAUAUCAAGCGUACCGGUAGCGCCCAUGGAUGGGACGUUCUGUUCUACAUUUUCAGCUUCCUGAAAGGAAUCACAUUGUUCACAUUGAUCGUGUUAAUCGGAACUGGAUGGUCGUUCCUGAAACCCUAUCUCCAAGACAAAGAAAAGAAGGUGCUAAUGAUUGUGAUCCCACUUCAAGUCGUCGCCAACAUUGCUCAAGUCGUGAUCGAUGAAUCAGGGCCAUAUGGACAAGAUUGGGUGACAUGGAAGCAGGUGUUUCUACUAGUCGAUGUUGUCUGUUGUUGUGCUGUUCUAUUCCCCAUUGUUUGGUCAAUCAAGAACUUAAGAGAAGCAGCUAGAACAGAUGGAAAAGCAGCUGUUAAUCUGAUGAAAUUAACCCUCUUCAGACAAUAUUAUGUUGUGGUUAUCUGCUACAUUUACUUCACAAGAGUUGUGGUGUAUGCAUUGGAGACUAUCACUUCGUAUAAGUAUUUGUGGACUAGUGUAGUAGCUGCUGAGUUAGCCACUCUUGCUUUUUAUGUUUUCACUGGGUACAAUUUCAAACCAGAGGCUCAUAAUCCUUACUUUGCUGUUGAUGAUGAUGAUGAAGAAGCUGCAUCAGAGCAAUUGAAACUUGAAGAUGAAUUUGAACUUUGA